AAGAGCCUCUUUUAGAGAAUCAAUAUGGCUUCCUUCGACCACUAUGUGCUACUGAUUCUGUUAACAAUCACUCUUAUUUUAUCCGCUGAAGCAACUAAAGAACGCAGAGCAAUACAAACAAAGGCAGAGAUGAAAGAAAUGGAGAGACAACUCAAAGCUAUCAACAAGCCUGCAAUCAAGAGUUUCAAGACUGAACAUGGUGAUAUAUUCGAUUGUAUCAAAAUUCACAAACAACUAGCAUUUGAUCAUCCUCUACUAAAAAAUCACUCUGUUCAGCUAAAGCCAACAACUGUACCUGAAUGGAUCACUGGAAACAACAUUUCAGGGACAUUUGAUCUUCUGCAAGAAGGUAUAAGCUGUCCAGAUGGAACAGUAAUUGUAAAAAGGACAACAAUGCAAGAUCUUAUGCAUGCAAAACGUUUGAAAUCCAUGGGAUUCAACGGCCCGAGAUCUUUUCUCAAAGAGAGAAAUAACACUAAUUCAAAUGGAAAAUUCUACUUUGCAAAAGCUGACUUUGGACCGGAUAGUUUUUCUGGAGUAAAAGGAAACAUUAACAUAUGGAAACCAAAAAUCUUGCUAGAUCAAGUUAGUUUUGCAUUCAUAAGCGUUGGUGGAGGGCCUAAAGAAAAAUUCGCCAGCAUUUCAGCUGGGUGGAUGGUGAAUCCAUCGCUCUACUACGGUGAUUAUGUUCGCUUAUACGCCUCAUGGACUAUACACGGAAGCCAGACCGGCUGCUACGACAUGUCAUGUCCUGGAUUUGUGCAAGUUAGCAAGACUACACCAAUUAGUGCCAUUCUUCAACCAAUUUCGAUCUAUGAUGGUCCACAGUAUGAAUUGCGUUUGAGCUUGUAUCAGGAUCGGGUCAAGGGAGAUUGGUGGUUUGCAUUUAAGGAUGAGAACAUCGGAUACUGGCCAGCAUCAUUGUUGAAGUCCUGGAGGGAAUCUAACAACGCAAAUUAUGCAUCUUGGGGAGGUCAAGUGUACAGCCCAGUGACAGAGAAGGCUCUUGUUAUGGGAAGUGGUCAUUGGCCUAUUGGGGGAUUAAAAAAAGCAGCCUAUGUGAGCGGCAUCAAAAUCAUCGAUAGGUCGGGGACAGUUUUCGAUCCAGAAGUUGGUUCAGUGAAGGUACAUGAGAGCAGACCAAACUGUUACAAAGCCAUAUAUGUUCAUGAAGAUGAUGAGCCUUGGUUAAGAGCUGUUUACUUUGGAGGUCCUGGAGGAUGCAUAGGGAGAUAAUAUUCUAUGGACUGAAGAGUUUACAAGAUUUUAAGAAUUAUAGAUGAAGCUAAUAGGAGAAAUUCAACAGAUUUGAAAUAUAUCUAAGCAUUACUUGCGUUCUAAUGAAUAAUCAUAAGUUCACAAUUCAGCACAAAAUAUCGAAUGGUUAUAGCAUAGAUUAAGUGCAAACUCACCUUAAAGUACAUGGAAAAAAAAAACAUCUCUUUCUUAACUGCAAAAUAAUGUAAUUAUAUGAUUAAGGAACUGCUAUAUCAUUAGGACAAAUAGUUGGUAUUAAGUAAAAACUUUAAGUACAUGAAUAACUGGUUAGAUAUAUUUCAAGUUAAUAACACGAUUAAGGAACUGCAAAUUUUGUCUGAAGCUAUCUUCUACGGAGGACCAGGAUAAGGUACAUUCGAGUUAACAUGUUCUUAAGAUCUCUCCGCAUUAAGUAUCUUCAUGCAUGAGGGGGAACAGAUCUGAGGGUUAGUUUGAAAGAUUGAUAUCGGAAGUAGAAAAUGGUCUAUAUUAUAAGUAAAUUUAUGGGCAUGUGACGGACAUAAUAAAGAAUUGAAAGAAAGACAACAAUUGAACAUUUUAUCGCCAUGAAUCGCUACGAAAGACAAGUUCAAUCACGUGGAAGAGACUCCACCGGGUCGUUAAGAAACAAUGAAAAUUUAGAUUGGUUAAUAAAAUGGCAGGAUGACAAAGAGUUGAGGCAAUAGACACCCAAAAAGCAUGAUGUAACAUUAAUGCAUCCAACAUAUAUAUCCAGCCAAGCGCAUGGGGUUAAUUUCGGCAAAAAUGUGGACUAUAUAUAUAUAUUGUUUUGACUUUGAAAUAGAUUUCUAAAAAUCAAACUUGGCUCUGGUCAAAUGUCUCUCAGCCAAUUCUCUCUAAUU